UAGAAAAAGCUGUUGCAGUGUUUAUGUGAAAGUCUAAUUACUGCCCACGUGUGAAUUUCUUUGACCUCGUGAGUUAGGUAUCCACAUCUCUGUCUGGUUUACUGUACCUUACUCCCACUCUGUCUUACUCCCUGCUCAGACCUGCUGAUGAGUUAUUCCAGUCCUCACCAGCAAUGGCCGCCUCCUCUACCCGGACCCGUGUCCCGUAUCACCGUUACCAGGGACUACGCUCACGGUAAGACCACCCCUCGUGACGAUAAUCAACUGGACCUCUUCAGUAAAGGCCUAGCGGAUAUUGAGAGGCGACGUGCACUGCGUCAUAGCCGAAAACACGCUAGGAGUAGUGCCAGCAGUGAUGAUCACAUAAAGAAGGAAAGAUUUGAGGGGGAUCAUGGCCACAGCUACAGUACACACAGCAUUAACAGUGCCUAUCAAAGCCAAGAUGCAACCAAACAUGAAUUCUCUCAAGGGUUGCCCGAUCAUGAUGGACGCUACUAUGACCAACCCAGCGGAGGUAGCUAUGGCAAUGGAGACAAGACGUACCGUUACGAGCACGACUACCAGAAUGGUGGCAGUAGUUACUGGGACGACCAAAAAGGGGGUUACCCUAAUCACGAAUAUGUCCCCGAGAACAAUUACAAUCAUCCUGCUGCAGAGAUGUUUCAAGAGGAGCUGCAGUAUCUUGAUGGCGAUAUUGAACGUGAGAGAACGGACCCAGCUGUCGGCUACGAGUGUGAUGUGUGUCGCAUCUCUGUGAACAGCGUGUCCGUACUGCAGACCCACUUUGCUGGCUCCAAACAUAAGAAGGCCCUGGCUAAGAGGGGCAUGUCCAAUGCUCUGGACGAUCUCGUGAAGCUACCAAAAGAUGAGACAGUGAGGAAGAGCAUACUGAGAUGUACGCUAUGCAACGUCAUCAUCCAGGGAACAGAAAUGUACUUGCACUCCAUGAGCGAGCAGCAUCAGGAAAUGCUCAUUAGUGCCACUCCGAAAGAGAUGAUCGACAAAAUGACCAAAACGAUUGACGGAGAAACAGGUUGGUAUGAAACAGUAGACGUUCAAAAUGAAGGCGAAACAGAAUAUCAAAGAUACAAGUGUGCCGUGUGUGACCUCAUGCUCCCAAACAGACAAUCAUACGAGCUCCAUGUACAAGGAAAAAAGCACGAAAAGAAACUUCGAUGGACAAAUUCUGACAACCGAGACCCUGAUGACGGAGGAUACGAAAGUGCCCAGUUUUGGUGCAGUAUUUGCUGCGUUUUUUGCUCGACUGCUAACGAUCUUGACAAGCACUUCUCUGGUAAGCAGCAUGCCAAGAUAUUACGUACAAAAGGUGUGAGCAAAGAGGUGAUUCAUGAUACUCUACCUGAGAACACGAAGCUUUUCCCGACCAUCCCUGACCCACCCACCAGAGCACUCAAUCUAUAUGAUAAGAAUCUCUGCGAGACCAAGCCCAAGCCCAAGAAGGGAUUGUAUGGCUCUCUGCUCAGUGAAACGUUGCCCUCUCCUCAUUCGUCGUUCAGUAACGAACAACGUCCAUCCACCUCCUCACAGCUGCUAGUGUCUCCACCUGUGGCAGCUGGAGCUCCUCCACCACCAGAGGAUUCUGGAGAACGUACCUUAUCCCUCUCAGUCGGUGCUUUCCUGCGGUCUAUCAACGGGGAGGACCCUACGCCUAAGAAGAAGCAAUCAACCACGACCAGUCACGGCGCACAGUCGUCAGUGGUGUCACAGCUAGCCUCGAAGAAGCACUUCACACACAGAAACCCAGCUAUGUUAGUACAGUAUCCUGUCAUCAAGCGUCGUCGGUACACAUGAGCCAACUGAACAGUAUCUGUAAUUGUAAUAGCCAAUUGAUGUUUAAUUUGUUCUUGAUCAUUAUUUAUCUGGUUUGUAUUAUAUGACUGUCUUCUUUGUUAAGAAAAGAUUGUUAAGAAAUUA